AUGGAUUGGGGGACCUGCCAAAAAAGCACACUGCUCGUCAACAAGGCGGGCCUCGACCGCGCCAAGGCGCUCCUGACCGACUACAAGGAGGGCAAGAUCCAGCACAUGACGCCCGAGCUGUGGCAGGCCAAGAAGAUUGUCGACUCGACGCUGCACCCGGACACGGGCGAGGCCGUCUUCCUGCCCUUUCGCAUGUCAUCUUUCGUCCUCUCCAACCUGAUCGUCACGGCGGGCAUGCUCCAGCCCGGUCUCGGUAACGGCGGCACCAUCGCCUGGCAGGUCGUCAACCAGUCGCUGAACGUGGCCAUCAACUCGGCCAACGCCAACAAGUCGUCGCCGCUGUCGUGGACCAAGAUGGGCCAGUCGUACCUCGCCGCCGUGUCCGUGUCGUGCGGCGUGGCCGUGGGCCUGAACAACCUGGUGCCGCGGCUGCGCAACCUGACGCCGGCGACGCGCACGACGCUGACGCGCCUCGUGCCGUUCGCCGCCGUCGCCACGGCCGGCGCCCUCAACGUGCUGCUGAUGCGCGGCGAGGAGAUGCGCAGGGGCAUCGACGUCUACCCGCUGCUGUCGGCGGCCCAGCGCGACGCCCUGCGCCGCGACGGCCGCCAGGAGGAGAGCCUCGGCCGCAGCAGGGCCGCCGCGCGCAUCGCCGUCGGCGAGACGGCCGUCAGCCGCGUCGUCAACUCGACCCCCAUCAUGGUCCUGCCGCCGCUGCUCCUCGUCCGCCUGCAGCGCACCCGCUGGCUGCAGCAGCGCCCGCGCAUGACCGUGCCGCUGAACCUCGCCCUCAUCCUCGGCACGAGCUUCGCCGUGCUGCCGCUCGCGCUGGCCGUCUUCCCGCAGAUGGAAAAGGUCUCCGACGACAGCCUCGAGCCCGAGUUCCACGGACGCGGCGGCGUCGACGGCAUGGUGACGUUCAACAGGGGCAUCUAG